AAGUUAUUAUUGAUGGAUUUGAUGAAGAGUUAGUGGGUAUGUUAUGCUAUGACAUGCUAAUGAGGUGUAGUGUGGCGAGUUUGCAGUAGUUCCUCAAGCUGUCGGCACGCAAACGCUUUGUGAUAUAUUAUGAGCUGAAUUUUUGCGAUGACAACAAUAUAGACUUAUUUUUUACUGUGUUAUAAGUGACAUUGUGUAGUGAACUUGGGAUUAUUUUUUGGUCGUAUAAGUGCUUUGAUUCUGGACGCAAUUGAGGACAAACAAAUUCCUGAAGACAGGAUGGCCGCCUCACACAUCCUGAGCGCGGUGGAGCCGACGGUGGGCGGCGGAGGCUCGCGCGGCGGCCGCGAGCGAGAGGUCUCCGUCGCUUUGGACGACCGGGAACUAUGGGUGCGGUUCCAAACUCUUACCAACGAGAUGAUCGUCACCAAAAAUGGAAGGAGGAUGUUUCCCGUAGUCAAAGUGACAGCGAGUGGACUAGAUCCCACUGCGAUGUAUACUGUCUUACUAGAAUUUGUGCAAGUAGACUCACAUCGAUGGAAAUAUGUUAAUGGCGAAUGGGUACCUGGAGGGAAAGCAGAAGUGCCUCCGUCGAAUGCUAUAUACAUACAUCCAGAGAGCCCAAAUUUUGGAGCACAUUGGAUGAAAGAACCUAUAUCGUUCGCCAAAGUAAAACUAACUAAUAAAACGAAUGGAAAUGGCCAGAUCAUGCUGAACUCAUUACACAAAUAUGAGCCCAGAGUACACCUAGUAAAAGUUGGCACAGACCUGCGUCGCAUCAUGACCUACCCUUUCCCGGAGACGCAGUUCAUAGCAGUGACGGCUUACCAGAACGAGGAAGUGACGUCACUCAAGAUCAAGUACAAUCCUUUCGCCAAAGCGUUCCUUGACGCGAAAGAGAGACCAGAAGGGUAUUAUCAAAGGGAUUUCGUAGGAACACAUUACCCCCAACAGAGCUCGUCGCCUCAUCAAUAUCCACAAUUCGGUGGAUGGUUUGUAGCGUCGCAGUCGCUAUAUGGUGGCAGCAGCGCGGCUUCCAGGAGGCCCGCGCCGUACCCGCCGCGACCGCCUUCACGACCACGCACUUUAUCGCCUCCAACAUCCUACAGCAACUCUGAGCGGACCUCAACAGCGGCGCCGAACGGUAGCAGUUACACGUGGGCCGGCAGCAGUGGCUACUGGAGUUCCACUCAGGGCGGAACUUCUCCGCAGCCAAGCGCAUCUCCAGGGCCUUACCGCACGCCCCCCCACGCAUACCCAGCCCCCCUUGAGUACGCCCCUGUCGCCCCAACCAGCACCUCUGCGCCAACUUCUGCGCCGGCGCCGCUGUAUCCAUUGCAGUAUGAAAACGCUGCUCAACACCACUCGCCCUACUAUCAACACGCUUACGCGCCGUAUGCGCAUCACGCGAUUGAGGAUAUUUCGUACUGGCCGAACAGUUUAAAUAGUUACGGCUAUCAGCCAGCCGAGUACGUAGGGGCUAGUGAAGUUCCUUACGGCGCUGAGGGAAUGUCUUUCGGCCACGCAGGCCCUUCGUUGGAGUCCCCCGCUACCGGCGAAGGGAGAGCAACGCCUCCAGGCUCGGAACACGCAUCUACAGAAAGAGAAUAUAAAUUUAAUGCAGAAGAAGAACGCCAGUCUCCGUGCGACGAAACGACAUUACCACCACGCUCUCCUGCGCAAUGAAGUUAAAAAAAAUAUCGUAAAUGUGUUGUAACUAAUGAAUAAUGGUCACACAAAUGAUCAGCUCGGGUUUUCCCCAAAUGUUCUUCAAAAUUGCCCCAAAAUUAAGGUUUUGAAGAAAACCAUAAAUACUUCAAAAGGUAAAAACGAAAACUUUAUAAAAACAAUCGUGCGUCUGUCUGUCCGAACUUUACAGCUAGUUUGCUCCGAAACUACUUACGCAAAUGUAAAAACGAGCCAAAAACGGACAAGUAACUUACAUUAAUUUUUAUUUUAUGGGCUAAAUUAGAAAAAAAAAAUUGCAAUUAUGCCGUGUGACUUAUCAAAUGAAAAUAUGCGAAAAAUUGCGACCGAAUAUGCUUGAAGAUCGGAUUACCAUCUCGGGGCAUUAGUAUUGUAAAGAUGUUUUAAGUGACAAACCCAGGCUUAUUUAGUCAAAUAAACAAAAUGUGAAUUAGAUUGUUCUUGUACCUAUUUAAACUUUUAUGCAAGUAUGAAAAUGAGGACAUGUAGGUAAUAUGCGUUAUAUUUAUAUACAUAUAUAUUUAUAUACAUAUACCUACUAGAAUACGUAAAAUUUUUUGCUAAUUGGUUUAUAAGUUGAAAUUUUUAAUUACGGGAGGCAUUUUUUAAUUACUGCGUCAAAUUAAAAUUAUUCAUAUCUAGAGCGUUGAUCAUUCCUAGAGCGUUUCGACUGCCAUGGCUACGAUGUCAUUAGUUUUUUUUUUUUAUUUUAACAAAGACACGAUAUAAUUUUACUAGUUACUUAUAUAUCUUUUACGUAUGAGGAUUAUCAUUAUGGAGUACUCGUGUUAUGUCAACUUAACAAAUGAUGUGAUUUUGAAAAUGAUUCCUUCCUCAAGGAAAUUGUUGGUUCGUAAUCGUAACGUAAUGAAUAAGCAGCGGUCGGAACGCUCUUGGAACCAUCCACCAACGUAUCCACAUUCAUUGUUAUCAAUUUACUCCGUUAUUCGUAAAAAUGUUAAAGCAUACUUUUAAGCAAAAGUAAGCUUUGUCACUAUCGCAUUUUAUAAUAUUUGAACUUGUCAGAAAAAGACUAAACACACUCAGCUUAUAGUAUAUGCUUCAACUUUUUAUAAAUAACAGGGUUAAUAUAUUAUAUUUUAGAUUUUUAACAACUACCUAGUAGGUAAUCUGAUGAGGGAUUUUUUACGAUGCAAGCUACAUUCGUAGAGGGCCUACAUCGCGGCUACGCAUUCAUACUUAUUCAAUAAUACGUAAUUAUCACGGGCGAAAAAUCUAAGGUAUGUUUACCAAAUAUACAAAAUAUAUACAUUAUAUUAUGUUUUAAAGAUUUCAUUUAAUACCACUGUAAAUAAAAUAUAGGUAUUUACUUUAGUGAUUGCGAGUAACUACUUUUGUAUUGCUUACCUAUCUAGUACUUGUACUCUAGUAUUUAAUAGUGAAUAUAAUUUGUCAAUAAAGUAAUGUUUUUGUUAUA